AUGACAAUCAGCCCUUUAAUAAUAAGUGUAUUGUUAUGUAUUUUCUAUGGAUGCCUUUCUAUAAUUAUAACAUGUGGAAACAUCCUCGUAAUAAUGUCCAUCAUUUAUUUCAAACAGCUCCACACUCCUACAAACUACCUCAUCCUCUCUCUAUCUGUGGCUGACCUGUUUGUUGGGGUGCUAGUUUGUCCUUUUAGCAUGGCACUCACUGAAUCUUCAUGUUGGUAUUAUGAAAGCUUGCUUUGCAAAAUAAGAGGAAGUUUUGAUAUAGCGCUGAGCAAUUCGUCAAUACUUCACUUGUGCUGUAUUUCAGUUGACAGAUACUACGCAGUGUGUCAGCCUCUGAGAUAUGCAACUAAAAUAAAUGAUCGUGUUGCAGCCAUCAUGAUCCUAGUGAGCUGGAGUGUUUCUGUUGUACUUGGAAUUGCAGUGAUGAUUGCAGGAUAUCAUACAGAAAAAUGUGAGGACAGUUGUUCAUUUGAUAUUCAGAUCGCGCCCACUUUAGGGUGUAUUUUAUCUUUUUAUCUCCCAGCAAGUGUCAUGCUCUGCAUCUACUUGAAGAUCUUCCAGGUGGCACAAAAACAGGCGCGCAGCAUCCAGAACACGACUUGUCAGACCACAAAGUCUGGAGCAGCUGUCAGUAAGAUGGAGAGAAAGGCCACAACCACUCUGGCUAUUGUUAUGGGCAUUUUUCUCAUCUGCUGGACUCCAUUUUUUCUUUGUGUCACCUUUCAGCCCGUGAGUAACUAUGCAAUACCAGUUCCUGUCAUUGAACUGUUUAGUUGGCUUGGAAGGUCAAACUCAAUGCUCAACCCCUUUGUUUACGCGUGGUUUUACAGCUGGUUCAGGGCAGCUUUCAGAAUGAUCAUUUCUGGCAAAAUAUAUCAAGGUGAUUUCGGAAACUCCAAGCUCCUCUAG